AUGGGAGUAAGCGUGGAGGCCGGACGACUUAUUGUGAUUUUAACAAACACUUUAACCACCAUUGUAGGUAUGAUCCUUAUCGUGGCGGGUCUUUACGAACUCGCGUCUCCAGACGUAAGCUUGUACUCAACCGCGAUUCCUCUCGCAACGAUCAUCUUUGGUAUUUUCAUUCUUUUGAUUUCUAUUACUGGAUGCUGUGGUGGAAUAGCCGAAAGUAGACCCAUCUUAUGGGUCGUUGAAAGAUUUCUCGACACCUGGUGGCAAACUGCUUAUGACGAUAAUCCGAGAGUACUUCGUGACAUCGAAGAUAAGUAUUCGUGCUGUGGAUUUAGGAAUGUAACAGAUCGUGCUGUCCCAAAGAGACGCCCAGACGCUUGCGUUAAAAGUUCUUGGUUCGGUUAUGAUAAACCGUGUUUAGACGUUUUAACUCUAUCCUAUCAAAAUCACCAAACUGCGCUCGGUGUUUGGGGGAUUAUCUUAGCCAUUAUUCAGAUCCUAGCAUUGAUUUCGGCAUACAUUCUUAUUGUGAAUUUACCUACUCCUGAACAACGAGAUCGUGAAUAUAGGGCUGAACAUGAACGGCUUAUUAAGGUUGGCCGUGGUGGUGACCCAGAACAAUCAUCUAAACCUUAUUACGCUGACAGAGGCUCUGGUGUGAGUAGUGGUCCGUCAAGUGCAACACAUGGUCAAUAUG